CUAUUUGGCUGGAGAAAAUGGAAGCAGCGGCGGGGUCACUGGCGAUCUCCUUUGCUUCAAUUGGCUUUCUUCUUGUUUUGGCUGUGGAGAAUUUUCAAGUGGGUGUGGUUGGGGCCGAAGAGGCUGGAGAGGCUGCUCCGGCAGCAAGGCCUUACCGGAAACCCUUAUCGGCCGCUGCUUGGAGACUUCAAAGACAUAACGGAGAUGAGAGAUGAAGCAAGACGAAGACCCAUCGGCUUGUCGGACGACUCUCUGCCGCGCAUCCUUCCCUUCCACCAUCAUAUCAUCGCCACCUAUGGUAAAAAAUGUUUCUGGUGGAGUGGACCGACGCCGAGGGUGACCCUUAUGGAGCCUGAAUUAGUAAACGAAGUUCUUGUGAAGAACAAUGUGUUCAAAAAGCAAAGCCCAACUCCGCUUCAGAAGAUGCUGCUAUGUGUUCUGGCCAGCUACGAGAAUGAGAAAUGGGCUAAGCACCGGAAGAUCAUGACCCCGGCUUUCUACUCUGAGAAGUUGAAGCGAAUGUUACCAGCAAUGCAUCUGAGUUGCAGCGAAAUGAUCCACAGAUGGGACAGUAAGUUGUUGCCGGAAAACAAUUGCACGUGGGAGAUGGACGUGUUGCCUGAGCUCCACGACUUGACCUCCGACGUGAUUUCUCGCACGGCGUUCGGAAGUUGUUACGACGAAGGCCGACGAAUAUUUGAACUUCAGAAGCAGCUUGCUCAUCAUACUGCCCCAAUUAUGUUCUCCGGCUACAUCCCAGGAUGGAGGUUUAUACCCACCAAAAGGAACAGGAAAAUGAAGGAGAUUAACAAUGAAAUGCGGGGCCUUGUGAUGGGCAUCAUCAGUAGAAGAGAGAAAGCCCUCAAGUUGGGAGAGAGCAACGAGGGGGAUGAUUUACUAGGUAUACUACUGAACGCUAACCUUAAUGAAAUCAAAGAACAUGGGAACAACAAGAAGGCAGGGAUAAGCAUGGAAGAUGUGGCUGAUGAGUGCAAGCUGCUGUACUUAGCCGGCCAAGAGACCACUGCAAACGUGUUGGCCUGGACCAUGAUCCUGCUGAGCAUGCACCCAGACUGGCAAGCUAGAGCCAGAGAUGAGGUUCUGAAGGUUUUUGGGAAGAACAAACCAGAAUAUGAUGGUUUGAGCCACCUUCGAAUUGUAACCAUGAUACUGAAUGAAGUUUUGAGGUUGUACCCACCAGUCCCCACACUGACUCGAGUUGCCGAGAAAGACACGACCAUAGGAGAAAUGAAGCUUCCGGCCGGAACUCGGCUUCAACUCCCUCUGAUCUUCCUGCAUCGCGAUCCGGAAAUAUGGGGCGAAGAUUCAAAAGAGUUCAAGCCAGAGAGAUUUUCAAGCGGGGUUGCGAAGGCAUCGAAGAAGCAACAACUCGCCUUCUUCCCCUUCAGCUGGGGUCCUCAAACAUGCAUCGGCAACAACUUUGCUAUGAUGGAAGCAAAAAUGGUCGUCUCCAUGAUAUUGCAACGCUUCUCCUUCCAGCUUUCUCCAGCCUACACUCAUGCGCCUUGCUUCGUUGUCACGGUUCAACCCCAGAAUGGCGCUCACCUCAUUUUACAUAAACUCUAGUCUCAUCUAGAUAUAUAUCUGUAUCUCAAAAUUAAUUCGUCUUCUUUAAAACCCUCCUGUCAUAUAAAACAAUAAGCGCAUAUACAGAGGGAUUGGUAUGUAAAUUGUCAAUGCGUAUACCAUUCCUAGUCUAUUAAUUCAUAAAGCAUAUGCAAC